CUGUUCCAUGUCAUCCUUUAGAUUCAAUUGGUGGAAUUCCUGGAUCUGUUAGAGAAUUAUUUUAUUAUUAUUUAUUCAAUUUAUACACCGCCUUAUACCCAGAGGUCUCAGGGCGGUUCAUAAACAAGACCACAUAUAAAAUAAAACCAAAAACAAUACCCCCCCCCAAAAAAGAACCACAUUCUAAAAGGGUGUUGGAUGUCAAUAAGAUCAACCAAAGGCCUGGUUUAAAAGGAACGCUUUUUGCCUGGGGCCUAAAGGUGUAUAAUGAAGGAGAACUGUGCCUUUGGUUAGAGCAGGCGUUGGCAACGUUUUAUGGCCCUGGGCCGGAGGAUUCCCACGGACUAUCAUCCGUGGGCUGACAUGCGCAGAAGCUAUUUCUGGCGCCGUGCUGCUCAUGUCCAGGCAGCCGGAAAUGGCUUCUGCGCAUGUCCACAGCGCCGGAAAUCGCUUCUGCGUCUGCGCAGACGCAAUUUCUAGCGUCUGCGCAGGCACCAUUUAUGGCGCCGCUCGGCAAGUCCCCGAGCAACGCUGCACUGGUUUAGCGCGGGGGGGGGGCUUGCCGAGCGGGUGGCUUGUGGGCUGGAUAAAUAGCCUUUGUGGGCCGUAUCUGGCCCAUGGGCCGGAGGUUGCCGAUGUAUGGGUUAGAGUCAUUGUGAUUUUCUUUAUAUCCUGAUUGCCAGCUAUCAACAUGCCUUCAUUGUGGAUUAGGCAAUGAUGGGCAAAAGCUUGUGCUUAAUCCCACACGAUGCGAAGGUUGAGUUGCAAGCACUUGCCCCCCCCCCCCAAGCAGUUACUAGUGCGUUUUUGUCCAUCCGGGUGUUUGUUAGAUUGUAUGAUCAUUGUUGCUCUUUUUUACCAUGUGAGCCUUUUCCCAAGGGAUUGUGGAACAGCCUCAUUACUCUGCUGCUGGAAGAGCAGCACUGGUUGCUGGUUUGAUACUAGACCAGGUUUGUGUUAAUUCACAAAGCCCUAAAUAACUUGGGCCUGAAGUAUGUUACAGACUGUCUGAUUUCUUACGUUCCACCUUGAUCGCUGAGAUCCUCUGAUGGCUCUUCACAUGGCCCCUGAGAUUUGGUUGGCUGUCACUAGAGACCAGGCCCCACCCUGUGGAACUCCCUGCCAGUAGAGGUUCAGCAGGAACCACCUCUCUUCAUUCAGACAUCUUUUGAAAACUAUAUUGUUUAGACAGGCUUUUGUAACAUGAGUUUUCUUCAUUAAUCAGUAUUUAUUGAUUUUCAUCUGUAAAUGAUGUACUGUGCCUUGAAAUAGUUCUGCAAAAAUAUGAAUUCUAAAUAUGUAAAUAAAUAAAUUUAUCUCCCCUCCCUCCUGAGUAUAAAGUGUGUUACCAAGGCAAGAGCAAACAAAGUUGUUGUUGUUGUUGUUGUUGUUAUUAUCCUUUAUAUACUGCCCUUCAUCAAAAGAUCUCAUGGCGGUUCAGGUAGAGAUCUGAGCCCGUACAUUUAUCCAUGUGCAUUUUAUAGUUGAGUUAAAACUACUUAUAUACUACAGACAGAGGGAGGAAUUCAACACUGUACUAUUACCUACAAUUGUUCAGUCAGCACAAGCUUUUCAUCUUGUGGGAGGACAGGGUGGGGAGUCCCAUUUCACUAGCAGAACUUGUUUCACUGGCUUCUGCUAGUGCAUCUGAUUAGUUGAAUCUGGCCCAUAGUAUGUUUGGUACACUCUGACGCUGUGGUUUGGGCUGAGACUCAGUUAUAAGACCUUUCAGAAAAUGUUCAGGGUACAAUCCUUCAUUUUGCAACACCUUUAACUGAGACAGGAACCUAAAUACAGGAAUGAAAAUGUAGACUAAAUUAGAUAUACCUAUAGUCUCCAGCUGUAUUUAAUAAGGUAGAGAGUUAUUUGCAGAUUAGAUAAAUAAUUUUAUUUGUACUUCAGAAGUAAAGUGCCCCAAGCUGGCUAUACCCUGUUACUGGUUUUUUUUUUGUCUGAAAUAGCUUAUCUCCCACCUGGAGUUUGAAUGUUUUGUGAUAAUUCCAUUCUGUUUUCUUUCGAUACGUCAUUUCCUCUCCACAUGUCACCGGCAUUGCUAUGGAAUCACUGCAUGUCUACAGAAGGUAAAUUACUUUCUAAAUAAGGAUGGGGCCUCUGCAAAAAAAAUGUCCUCAGGAGUUUAAAAUGUUUCCUCCUGGAUUUCAUUUCAUUUUAAUUUUUUUGCCAUCCUGGCACAGAUCACAACUAACUGCACUAUUAAUUCAUUAGAAGUGAUAACAAGUUGUGCUUCUUUAUCAGCAUAAAUAAUCUUACUGGCUCUUUAUUUUGAUGGUGUGACAUCUUUUCAAAAUGCUUUUUUCAGCUAAAGAUCUCUGCUUUCUAUGUUUUGUAUUUUCUGUGAAUGCUUGUCUGUAAAAGGGGGCCCAAAGAAGAACAUUUCAUCCAUUGUUACCAUGUUCAUGAAGCCAAGGCAGUUUUGUGUUGGGAUCCAGCAUAGCUAAACAUCAUUAUGUCUUAUCAUUCUUUCCCAACAUUUGAUAUUCCUAAAGAGGCAAACACAUAUCUGCACCUCCUUCUUGCCUUUGGCAUUGUGAAAUAAAAGAUCUUGUUAUAACACAGUUUAGUUUAGUUUAGUUAUUUAGACAUACACCGCCUUUUCCCCUGAUGGUACUCAAGGCAGUUUAGAUUCUGCUUGUCUCCACCUGCAGCUGUGUCUGCAGUGAUGCGAAAGCAUGUGGAAUAGAAGGUGUGCCUUGGCUUUUCAGUUAGGAGCCCAGCAUGUAGGCAUAGCCAGUGCCGCCUUCAAGGAGAAGCCCAAACCACACAAUUGCAAAGUUUGGAUGCUUCUCCCACUGGAAACUGAAGGAUCUCUCUUAUUCCCAACAACAGCCAGGGAAAUAUACUGGGGAGGAGCCAGGCGGCUUGUGCGUGAAAAAUAUGUCCGCCCUUCACCACCUCCUGUUUAAAACAAUAUUUUAGAAUCCUUACUGUAAAAUUUCUUGACUGGACAAUAUAAAAUUAUUUGGCCAGAAUUUAACUUGAGAUUGCAUAGCACACCUUUAUGUUUCACAAAAUAAAAUUGGUUUGGUAGUGAUUAUUCUGAUCAGGGAGACUGAUGAAAACAAUAUGUUCUUUAUGCCGUGCAGACAGACUGGAAGUGUCUUUUCAACACUGGGGUGUCCUGCCUUGCUGUGCUGGGUUGGGGUGGCUGAGGUAGCAGAGUUUCCAUAACUUUCCUGUUAAUUAUAAAGCAUUGUGUGUCUGAGCUGCCAUUUCCAAUGAUGCAUUUUCCCUUCCUUCCUUCCUUCAGUGGCACAUCCCCACUGGCCUGCCUGAAUGCCAUGCUCCACUCCAAUUCAAGGAGCUGUGAGGGGCUUUUCUACAAACUCCCUGGGCGCAUCAGCCUUUUCACCCUCAAGAAAGAUGCUGUGCCAUGGUCCCGGAACCUGUCUGCCCCGGAAGGAGAAGAGCUGGAUGAUGCUGCUGAUGCUGAAAGCAGUGGCUCCAACGAAGCAAGCACUGUGAGCGGCGAUAAUGACAUAUCUCUAGAUGAAACCUCAUCAAGCGCCUCUUGUUCCACUGAGCCUCAGAGCAAGAAUGUACCUCCUGUCCGGGAGAGCCAUAGAGCAGCUUCACAGGCAAGCAAACAGAAGAAAAAGACAGGAGUGAUGCUUCCUCGGGUAGUUUUGACUCCUCUGAAAGUAAAUGGUGCUCAUAUGGAAACUUCUUCAGGGUUCACAGGGAGACAAGUUGGUGGUGAAAGCAGCAGCAGCAGCAGCAGCAGCUCCUCUGCCCUGAGUGGCAACACUGCUAUACGCAGCAGGACAGAAAUCGGCAGGGACCCUCCACAGCUGAUCCGAGGAUUCCGGAAACCCACAAGUGGACAAAUGAAGAGGAACCGAGGCGAUGAUGUAGACUUUGAGACGCCUGGCUCCAUUCUCGUCAACACAAACCUGCGAGCGCUGAUAAAUUCCAGGACCUUCAAUGUUUUGCCCCUGCACUUCCAGCAGCAGCUCCUUCUCCUUCUCCCUGAAGUGGACAGGCAGGCUGGGACGGAUGGGCUGAUGCGGCUUAGUGGGAGCGCUCUGAAUAAUGAGUUCUUCACCCACGCUGCCCAGAGCUGGAGAGAGAGGCUGGCUGAUGGGGAGUUUACUCAUGAAAUGCAGGUUCGUAUAAGACAAGAAAUGGAGAAGGAAAAGAAAACAGAACAGUGGAAGGAGAAGUUUUUUGAGGACUACUAUGGGCAAAAGCUGGGCUUGACUUGUGAGGAGCCUCAGCAAGAAAAAGCAGUUCCAGUCAACAGAGAGACCAGGGCUGCCUCAGCCUCCCAAGAGGAACCUCCAAGGGUGCAGCGUGGCCCUGUCACCCGGCAGCGAGACAGACACUUGAAGAAGUGUGCCCUCCGGUGCAGAACCCGGGCGAGCCUGAGCAAACUGUGCGAGGCAGAGCAUGUGGAGGCUGCCAAAGAGCCACCGUCCCCAGAGCCGAAGUCCCCCAGUCAGAGGGACGCGAAGCCAGAAGUGGACUUGUGUGAAAGGAGCCGGGUGUCUCCAAAACCGGAGAUUCCGCCUGAGGCAACCAGGAUCCAGAGCAAGGUGGAAGAUGUGGUGUCGGCAGCCACGGCGUUGGGGAGAAUCCCCAGCCUGCCCCAGGAGCCACAAGACCAGGAGUCCAAGGAGCAGAAGAGAAAGUGCUUUGAGCAGGCUGCCUCUGCCUCCUUCCCCGAGAAGAAGCCCCGGCUUGAAGAUCGUCAGUCCUUUCGUAACACAAUUGAAAGUGUUCACUCAGAAAAGCCACAGCCCACCAAAGAGGAACCCAAAGUCCCACCCAUCCGGAUUCAACUUUCCCGCAUCAAACCCCCCUGGGUGGUUAAAGGUCAGCCAGCCUACCAGAUAUGUCCUAGGAUUAUCCCCAAUACAGAACCCUCCAGCCAAGACAGAAACGGGGACUCAGCCUCUGCUGACUUUAAGGCCUGUGCUGUGCAAGGCAGGAUCCAGCGAGAGGCUGCUUCUCCUGCCACCGCCAUUGGAGGUGGGGGUGGGCCGGGAGGAGGUGGAAGGAACACGGAUGAAGGCGGUGGUGGUGGUGGCAGCGGCGGCUGCAGGAUCCGGCAGUCCAGUCACCGCCCCAAAUACUGGAGAUCGAAGAGAACUCGUGGGAAGUGCAGGUCAGAUUUACAGCGAGCACAGCUACUGUCGUUUUCACACCUAGAAGAGGAGACCGGCUUUGAGCUGGCCAAAGCGAACUCUUGCGUGCAAAAGGCCUCUUCCCCACAGGCUGAGGGAGAUGUUGCGUUUGGGCAGGCCUCCAGCCUGACUUCACUUCGGUCUGAAGGUGCUACCCAGCUUGCAGAAGCUUCCGGGAGCAGCUGCUUUGGAGGCGCUGUGGCCGAGCCGUCUCUUGGUCACAUAGCCACGGAGACGCCAGUGGGCAGCUCUGGGCAGCUCCCAAGUGAUAUAAGUAGUGAACAGCCUCCAGGUGCUGCUUCCCAAGAGGGAUGUGGUAGGAAGGAAGGAAGUGAAUUUUCUCCAAGCAGCAAACAAAGCCGUUCUCCAGUGGCUCUCUUCAAAGGUGCAAGUAGAACAGAAGGGCAUGAGCACAGCCACUGUUCCCCUCCAAAUUGUGCCUCUAUUCUGAAAGAAACCACCUCUGGCACUUCUAGCCGUACCAUUGGUCUGGAGAGCAAACUGGAAAGGGGGCUAGAUAUGACAUCUGGCCCAAACAUAGAGGAGCAUAUCCCUAAUCCAGAGAACUCCAGCAUUGUCGGGACAGAGGAACUCUCCUCACAGUUCCACAUGGCCCCAAGCCAGCUGGCCCCACAGCGGCACAAAAGAGAAACGCCAAGCGGGCUACACAACUCCAGCAAGGAUGAAGCUUCUCUGUCGAAGCCAUUGCUGCUGUCUGAAGACUUAAAGGCUUCCCACAGCAGUUGCCUUCCCCCGUGGGAGGUGUUGCUGAGGACAGGAGUGGAGACAGGCGGACAGCAGGCGAAGGCCAAGCCAAGCACCAGCUCCUCCAGUGACGAGGAAACCAGGAGCAUUCUGAGUGAGACAACGGAGACGGCAUCUGACUUGGAAGCUGAGCUGACGGACGAGAGUGCAGAGUUGGGGCAGGACUACAGCAAAGCUACCGAGAAAGGGGCUGAUCCUGACAGGGGCCACCAGGAGGAAUAUAACAGGAUCAAAUCAGAAAGUUUGGUUAGAACUGACACUUCCUUGUGCAGGGAGGGCUUGCCGUCAGAAGCAGGGGCCACCAACACCUGUCAGCCGCAGGCAUCUCGUCUGCAGGAAGCUUGUGAAUCUUCCCUCCAUGUUGAUGCAGAAGGCCAGGAAAGACCUCUGGUGGUGGAGACCCCCAAGCCUCUGUCUAUAGAAGCAAGCAACCCUCUGGUGGUUCAGUUGCUCAAGGGGCGACUGCCUCUCAAAACAGUUCUUCCAGGGGCUCAUAGCAGCCCUAACAUAGUAGCUGCAGCCUCCUCUCUGAACAAAGUUUGCUCUUUCCCAAUGGAGAGGCAGUGCAAGAGUUCCCUUUCCCAAAAGCCCUCUAGGGAUGAGGGGUUGGACACAAGUGGCAAAGUCGGCAAUGGAUACUGUGCACCGAGGUUUCCGAGGGACUUCCCCAAGAGGCAGUGCACUUCUGGCCCAACACCUUUGCCUAUGGAGAGGGUAGAGAAGGGACCAGAGAAAAGCUCAGGCUCUCCAGAUCAAGCAGUGGGUACUUCCCAGGAACCUGAUAAGCUGGGCCUGGGAGGAGCAACAUUCUCUUCCUGCACUUACAAAAAUCGAAAAGAUUCCUCUGCUGCUGUCUCUGCAGAAUCUGUUGCCCCUGGGAACCCAGAAGAGAAGCUGAAAGCAACCGGCACAACCUCUCUGGGUCCAGAUCAACCAAGAGGAGGAGCUCUUGGGAAGAAGGUCUUUGGCUCUGGCUUCCCCUGCAGUGCAGCCUCCAGAGCCCAGCACCCCAGAAUCCUGGAACCCUCCCCCAUCCUGGGCAUGCUUUCACACAGUAAGCCACUGCCGCCCCCCAAGAGUGCCACGCUUGGACAUGGCGUGCAAGUCACAAGGGAAGACUGGCCUCCGAAGCAGCGUGCGCAUGUUGGAGGAGGUGGUGGCAGAGGAGUGGAGAACAAGAAGGUCCUGCCAUGCUCUGGCCCAGCCAAGAGGAACGUGGAGAAGAGGAAGGAGGCCCCUCCAAGUCCUGUGGAGCUGCUGGAGCACCUGCAAAGUAGCCCUCUUGUUGGGAACUUGCCCUUUUUCAAGUGGCCAAGGGAACUGGGGAAGGGACUUGCCCAACCCCUGGAGCCUUCCUCCAUCCCUUCCCAGCUCAACAUCAAGCAGGCAUUUUACGGGAAGCUUUCAAAGCUGCAGCUGAAUUCUGCUGGCUUUAAUUACGCCUCCAACGUGCCAGGCUUCCCCAAGAGCCUUGCAGGAAGUAUGAUGCAGCUAAGCCACAAAGCGAACUUUGCCGCGUCCCGUGGCAUGUCCCUCUCUGCACAGAUGUUUGCCGAUAGCGGCAGCAUGGAAGAGAUUUCACUCAAGUGUUCAUGCAGCCUUAAAGCCAUGAUCAUGUGCAAAGGCUGUGGGGCGUUUUGUCAUGACGACUGUAUUGGCCCCUCCAAGCUUUGUGUGUUGUGCCUUGUGGUAAGAUGAUGAAUUACGGCCCUGGAAGGGAGGGGGGAGCUGUAUAUUUCGUGUGUCUGUUUUGAUAACGAGGAUUCUGGAAUCUGUACACAAAAUAUUCUGGUCAUAAUAGAGGCAAAUGUUAGCACUGUAUAUUUGAUUUUCCUGCUAGGAUUGGACCAUCCCAUUUCUGCAGGGUUCCCUGCCCCCACCCACAAGAAUUGCUGAACAUUCUGCUUGCUUAAUGCCUUCCUUGGCACUGGUGAUUAGUGUUCCUUGAGCCCUUUGAGGAGGGAGGGUUUGCUCCAUGGGAACUGGAGCCAGCACCAUCCUUUUUCUUUCUUUUUUUAGCGGCUGGGUUAAGUAGACCCUGCUUGGCAGGGGGAGCAGAAUUCAGUCUUCCAUUCUCCCUUCCUGCAACCUCCCUGGCUUGGGUUGGGGGGGAGAGGUGGUUGUUUUUCUAGAUCCUUCCACUUAGAGAGAGCAGGAAAUAAAUGGUUGUGGGCUUCAGGGCUGGACUGCAGGGCGAGGGUCACCACUGAGAUGGUGAGUGUGGUGUCAUCUUCCGUAUUGUGUGCAGCUGUGUCAGGGCGCAGGCUUUGGCUGUCAUUGUCUUCUGUCGCAGGCAGCCUCUGCGCCAGAGGAAUUGUAACCACCAAGGGAAAGUGGGGCUGGGUGUGAUCUUUAUACUUUCUAAGCAGUCUCUCAUACUUUUUGUUCUUGGGUGUAAAAAGUGAAAUGUUUGGCUCCUAUAUGUACCCUCUAUGCAUCUGUUGGAUCAUGUAUUUAUAUGUUGUACACAGUACUGGGCAAUUCUGUAAAUUGAUGUUAAUGUACAUAAAAUGGUUUUUUAAAAUUCCUUUAUUUUUCAGGCUGCAGCAGUAUUGCAUUAAAGUGGUGUUGGUUACUAAUUGCUGUCCAUAGUUGGAGCUGCUGUGUUCUGUCCUGCCUCACGCCUGCAACGGCUUCUCCUGCUCUUUGAGCGAGAGGUGCAGCGUUUGUUUCAGGUCUCGCUCAGCUGCUCUGGCUCCCGAGUUGUGCUUCUCACUGCCCCUCUUGUAACUCUAGAGGGAGCUGGAGGCAAGCGCUUAGGUGGCACGUUUAGCUGGUGGGAACAGGCAAGCCGGCGCGCCUCGCCACCUUGGGGUACCCUGCGUUGGCUGCAAUGGGCUUCCCUCUUAAGGGGCGAGGGAGGAAGCAAAGACUCCAUUUUCAUUAGAGCAAAUGGAUAGUGAAGGUCAGUCAUCUUCCUCUUCUCCUUUAGCUCCUACCUACCUCUUCCUUGACCGGACUCCUCUUUUUCAUUAAUUGUAGCCCUCCCCGCUCAAAAGCUAUAGAAGUGUAAAACCUGGACCUCGUUUUCCAGAAAGGUUUACUCUUAAAUCAAUGUAGCAGCUUUUUAGUUGGAAACAUGGAAAUGAGAGAGGUUAAAAGAAUUACGGUAUUAAAGGCAACUAAGCUGAUGGUCUAAAACCUGCUUACCAAAGAUGGGGAGGGCAGAGUUGGGGCCCCUCACUCUGCACCCCCCCGGGGCCACUGUAGUGUACAGACUGAUGCUGGUCUGGUGGGGAGGGGGAGUCCUCUCUGAUGACCCCUGGUGUUGUAUGUCCCUUGUGGUAUUGGAAAAAAAAUAAA